CGCUCACGCCCAACACCUUGGAAUCUCACCCUUCCAUACAAUCAGCACAAGCACGCACUCUCUUUCUCUCUCUAUCUCUAUCUCUCUCCACUAACUUAACCCUAGUUAACUCCUAACCAUACAUCAUUACCCCCCACACAUGCUCACUUUCUCUAGUUUCUUCUUCCCCUCUCCCACUAGUGUUUAUUUAUACCCCAAAUGCAUCUGCACCCUAGUUCCAUUCUCUCUUCAUCCUCCUCUUCCCAAUUUUCCAUUACUUGUUAUAUAGUCUUCUGUUUCCAUGUGAGGGGUAUUUACACAACAGAAACUCUAGCUUUAACUCACUUUCCAUUAAGUACUACUUUUUAAGCUUUAACCGAAGAGGCAUGAGUUGCAACGGUUGUAGAGUCCUUCGAAAGGGUUGUAGUGAGUCAUGUAUCUUACGCCCUUGUCUUCAAUGGAUCGAUACACCCGAAGCCCAAGGUCACGCCACUGUCUUUGUAGCCAAAUUUUUCGGCCGUGCAGACCUUAUGUCUUUCAUUUCCAACGUACCCCAACCUCAAAGACCCGCUCUUUUUCAGUCUCUGUUGUUGGAAGCGUGUGGACGAACGGUGAACCCUGUUAACGGUGCCGUUGGACUUUUAUGGACAGGAAACUGGCACGUGUGCCAAGCGGCGGUGGAAACCGUGCUUCGUGGCGGAACCCCGAGACCUAUACCGGAGUUUCUCGGUUUAGAUGCUCUUACCUCCACCGCCGACGACGCAUCCGAAGGGGAAGUGACAUGUAACGACGCGCGGAAGGUUCAAGAUCCGAACCAGAAUUCAAGAUUCGUGAGUUCGCGGUCUAAUAAGGUCGCUUCCGGGGGUAAACGCAAGCGAUAUGAUUUUGCGACGACCGAUCUUAAUCUCAGGUUGACGCCGUGUUUUUUGCAGAACGCGUUGACUAGCAGUUGUCGGAGGGAAAUUCGCCGGCCGGGAACACCGUCGAUGAAUUCUGAGGAAUCUGUGACGACGAUGACGAGCUUGGAAAGCGGGAUCGGAGAUCAAUAUGUUAACGACGGAGACCGGAAAGUGCUCAACCUUUUUGUUUGAGCGGUUUAUUUAUUUACGGGAUUCGUAUUUUUUGUUUCUAGAUUGUCCAAUUAAGGGAUUGCGCGCAGCCUCGCACGCUUUUUAUGUGUCUCUUUUAGCGCUUUGUUUAACCGGCGAAGAAAGCCGGUGAGAUUUUGUAAGACACCGGCACAGGAUUUUUCUCUGUUGAUCUUUGAUAAUCAGGGAGAAAGAUGAGGGUUCGUCGGUGACAUUUUUGCUUUCUUCUUUUUUAAUCUAAUCAAACAUGUUACUAUCAUUGUGUGAUAUGAAUAUUAAAUAAUUAAAUCCCAAUUAUUAAAAAGA